AUGGCAUUUUUAUUCAAGGUCCUGGUCCCCCUGGCGUUAGCUUCUAUGGUGUCUUCUGGAAGACCCGGGGGCUACUCAUACAAUCGUUUUAGUGGACCUGUUAGUGGUCAAAUCGUUGAGGUGCAGGUUCCUGCAGCAGUGGGUAUUGCAGCUCAACAACAUGCAGACUAUGGCUAUGAUCAUAAAACAGGAAAAAUUCACCCAGAUACCGCCAAAUAUGCGCGGUUGCAGACUGUUGAUUAUGUCGCUAAACCUGACUACCAAUACGCAUACGGAGUAGAGGAUCCUCACACUGGUAACCUACAAGCACAUAAAGAGCAUCGUGAUGGAGAUGUAGUCCACGGGGAGUAUUCUCUUGUAGAGCCCGACGGUUCAAUUAGACUUGUGCGGUAUACUGCUGACCCCAAAAAUGGUUUCCAGGCUACAGUACAUAAAAAGGCACCAGGGCAGCAGCAGCAACAAGUCCAAAGACCAGUUCAUUACGGACAUAAACAAGAAGAUGACUCUCGGGAAUACUAG